UUUCUAAGAUAAAGACGAUUCAAAACGUUUUGCGAUAUAUAUUUCAAAGUGGAACGAUUCUGUUCGAUUCGACUUGUGUCUUUUAAAUCGAAACGAUUUCCCGGUUCAAAUUUUUUAUUUAUUUUUUUUGUCACACCCUACAAAUAAUGAUUUCAACAUGCAGUAUUAACGAACAGUAUCACGCACGCUGUGUGUCAAAGUUACUCCCUCCCUUUCUCCCCCAUGUCACUCAGGGUGCAUUUCUAUCAGAUAACGAGUCAUCCCGGCCGGAUAACAUCUGCUUUACCCCGGUGGGCCGUUUGCCGCCCGUGGAGCGCCGCGACAGAUGGAAAGGGAGCGUGUGGCUCCAACACUUCCCUCUCUGACUGCGCUGGCAGUUGUCUUCCCAAAAUAGCCUCCACUGCACAGCCUUAUAUGAGCAAGGCCUCCAGCGUGCGCCCAAGGAGGUAUCAUGUAUCUAGGCCACACAAUACGAGCCGAGCCGCGAGGCUCAUUGUUGCUGCCUACCAUCAGGCCUCUCCGCGCCCAGGGGACGAGCCAGGCCCCUGCGGGCUCUGGAAACGGCCACGCCAUGGAGCUCAUCCAGCUCAACCGCGAGUGUCUCCUGCAUAUUUUCUCCUUCCUGGAUAAGGACAGCCGCAGGAGUUUGUCUCUUACCUGCGCGCAGCUGCGGGAUGUCUUUCUGGACCCCCUCCUGUGGAAGGUGCUCCACUUUGACUCGCUCUCUCAGCUGAGGUGCGACAACUUUGUGCUAGGAGCCUUUUUGCGUCACCUGUCCAUCUGCUGGUACUCCAGCAGGGUGCUGAAGGUGUGCAACAUCGAGGACUGGUUGAAGAGCUCCUUUCAGAGGGACAUCUGCAGAAAGCACGACAGACUGGUCAGCACCUUCCUAGCUCGUGUCGGCCACAUGUGCCCUCACCUGCUAUCCUUGAAGCUCUCCGGCUGCGCACACAUCGCAGAUCAGGAUGUAAUGGUUGUGCUGCAGAGGUGCGGGAAGCUGCGCCACCUCCACCUGGAGAACUGCGUCGGCAUCACGGACCGCAUCCUGGAUGGGGCGGCGGCUCACGGUGUGAGCCUGGAGGAGGUCAGGGUGGACUUCUGCAGGAACAUCACAAAAGAGGGGCUCAAGGUCAUGCGAGAGAAGAGGCCCGAGCUGAGGCUGAGUGCAGAGAGAAGCGCAGGCAUGAUCCCAGAUAGUAAGCCUGAGGAGAAUGUGCCGCUCAGGAGAACCUUGCAGAAACUCUUGGAAAUCUCCUAAUGGCUUUCCCAAGGACCAUAUAUUUUUCAUUCACAGUGUGAUUUUUUUUAUUAUUAUUUAUAGGGUCUGUCUUGACUUUAUUUUUACUACUUUAAAUUCCUGGGUGAUUGUCCUCUUUGCCUUAAUUUGAGUUGAAUAUUGUCCUACUGUGAAUAGCAAAAAAAAAAAAAA